UGAAUUUGAAGAUAUUCGAUUUUCGAUUCACGAACUGUUUUUUUUUUGAGAUAGUUACUGGGAAUAACGAAGAUAUGCAGUCCAAUGUGAAUUUACGAACAAACCUAGAUGGGGAUAUGAUGAGAGGAUCGUAUUCAAACGGCAGUUUAGAGAACAGUUUAGAGAGUGAGCUUCAAACAUUGCUGCAGGAGCAGCGUAAUCGGAGUGUUAUUAAUGAGAGGGAGAGGGAUUUGAACAUAUAUCGGAGUGGCAGUGCUCCGCCAACUGUGGAGGGGUCGUUGAGUGCCGUGGGAAGUCUGUUUGGGAACUCAAAUUUUGCACAAAUUAAUAGUACUAGUAUUGCCAAUGGAAUUUUGACAGAGGAAGAAAUUCGGUCACACCCUGCGUAUUUAUCAUAUUAUUAUUCACAUGAUAAUAUAAAUCCGAGAUUACCCCCACCAAUGUUGUCAAAAGAGAAUUGGCGAGUUGCCCAAAGGUUUCAAACAGGAGGGGCUUCGUUUGGUGGUAUCGGAGACUGGAGGCAAAAUAAUUCGGUUGAUGAUGGUGGCAGUUCUUCGUUGUUCUCAAUGCAGCCUGGAUUGUCUGUUCAGAAAGCUGAAGAUGAGUUGAGGGAGUUGAGGAAAGCUACUAUGAGGAAUCUCUCAGUGAAAAACUCUGCUGAAUUGCUGGACAGAGGCUCUGAUGGUUUUAUUGGGACAUCAGCUGCUGGAAUGGGUGCGAGGAAGAAAAGUUUUGCAGAUAUUCUUCAGGAAGGGCUUAACCAACCUGCUUCCCUAUCAGAUUUUCUCUCACAUCCUGCAAGGCGUAACUCAUUUGGUGAUAUUGUGGAUACAUCAGGCAUUUCUAAUUCACAUGCUGCAGAUAUUUGCUAUGGAGCUGAAUCCACUGAGGUCUUGCAUCCGAGGGUAGCUGUCCCUGGUUUGUCUAGAGUUGAACACCUUAGUUCAUCUGGUUCUCAUUUGUUUGCACUUUCUGUGGGUUCAUCUCUGUCAAGAAGUAGAACCCCUGAGCCUCAACUGGUUGGGAGGUCCACCAGUCCUAGUCUUCCACCUGUGGGUAGCAGAGUUUUCCCUGUCGAGAAGAACGAUUUUGUUGGCUCUAAUGCUAUAAGGGGUCUUUCUUCUAGCAUGACCGAGCUGGCUGAUGUUGCAGCUUCUUUAUCUGGCUUAAGCCUUUCAAAAAAUCAUCUCUAUGAUGAAGAUGGUCUUAUGCAGUCUCACCUUCAAAUGGGACUUGACAAGCAAUCUAAUCAUUUAGUUGCUCUGUCAAAUGGUCAUAGGGAGAGCCUGCCACAGCAAUUCCUUGACAGGUCCAGAGCUGAAAAUUUGGCUAUUGCUCUCAACUAUACUGAUUUAUCAAGGGAGAAUGGGGUUGUCACAGAUUCACAUGUUUCUAAGUUUGGUUUUGAUAGGAAUGUUCACUUCCCUAGAAGAACAUCUUCUUCGGCUGACCUUCGCUCAAAAAUGAGUUCUUCUGGAUUUGCAAGUUUAGAUGGUUCUAAUGUUCAUUAUCAAGCCGAUAAUUUUCCAGGUGUGGACCUAUCUGGCCAUGCGCCUACGAGAUAUUCUGCUAGUCAGAAUCUUAACACAGCCAUUAAUAAUCAUCUUGGUUCAGCUUUGACAAGUGCUGGAAAUGAGCAAAGUUCGAGAAGUAACCAGGCAGGGUCUGAUCUUUAUUCAUCAGUUAUGGAUCCUCGAUAUAUCCGCUAUUCCCAGAAAAUGUCUAAUUAUGCAACACAUCCUGCCUAUGGUCAGGGAGAUUUACAGGGUUUCCAGAGAGCAUACCUUGAGGCAAUGCUUGCUCGACAGAAAUUACAGUAUGGUAAAUCUGGCAGAUUAGAUCAUGGGUAUCAUAGGAAUCCAGGCUUUGAUGUUGGUAUGCCAUAUCAGGGGAACUCAGUGCCAUAUCCCAAUGAGCGAGUCUCUCAUUUUACUUCCACGUUGGGAAGUUCAAUGGGAGGAUCUUCCGGACCGUGGCAUUCAGAAACUGGAAUUAACAUGGAAGGAAGAUUUGCAUCGUCAUUAUUAGAAGAGCUGAAGAACAAUAAAACUAUGUCUUUAGAACUUUCUGACAUUGUUGAUCAUGUGGUGGAAUUUAGUACGGAUCAGUAUGGGAGUCGCUUUAUUCAACAGAAACUGGAAACUGCCACAGAGGAAGAAAAGAUGAUGAUAUUCCCAGAAAUCAUUCCUCAUGCUCUUAGUUUGAUGACCGACGUUUUUGGGAAUUAUGUUAUACAGAAAUUUUUUGAGCAUGGCACAGAAAGUCAAAGAAAGGAGCUGGCCAGCCAACUUAUUGGUCAUGUUUUGCCUCUCAGUCUUCAAAUGUAUGGUUGCCGAGUAAUUCAGAAGGCCUUGGAGGUAGUUGAUGUGGAUCAGCAGACACAAAUGGUAGCAGAGCUUGAUGGCUCAAUCAUGAAAUGUGUUCACGAUCAGAAUGGUAACCAUGUUAUCCAGAAGUGUAUAGAGUGUGUUCCUCAAGAUCAAAACCAAUUCAUAGUAUCAGCCUUCUUUGGGAAAGUUGUGGCUCUUUCCACCCAUCCAUAUGGUUGCCGGGUCAUUCAGAGGGUUUUGGAGCAUUGUGAUGAUCCAACUACACAACAAAUUAUCAUGGAUGAAAUUAUGAACUCUGUGUGUGCUCUUGCACAAGAUCAAUAUGGGAAUUAUGUCAUUCAGGGCAGUGAGGAGGGAGAUGAUGUUUACUGGUUCUGA